AACAACAGGAGGCAGCUAAGCACCUGCGGAGCCCGGCCAGCCCAGGUGAGGCCGGCGGGCAGGUGAAUCGGCCGGGCCGGGCCAGGCAAGGCAAGGCAAAACAGGUGGGGACCGCGAGGUUCCCCAUUUGGCCACGUGCGCCCCUGGAAGUCGCCCUCUUUAGCCCUCCAGGGGCUGGAGCUCUGCAGCGGAGGGGGCUCGGUUCCACCCCACUUGCCUUCUUCCUCCUCCUCCUCCUCCUCCUCUUCUUCUUCUUCCUCCAUCGGGACAUGUUGAACCUCAUGGAUUUCUCCCGCCAGGAAACCCCGAGAGCCGAAGACGGACAUUUCCACCAGCAAGGAGAGCAGCUGCCGCCUCUCCUGAGCCAGCCCCCCAGGGAAGAAGCCCCCGAUUAUUUCGCAGGUGACUUGAUGGGAGCGACCAUGAACUCUGAACCAGUGGAUUACUACUUCCUUUCCGGGGAGGCGUCUCCACCGGUUAGUUACUCCGGCAGCCUUUUUAUCAAGACCGAACAAUGCCAGGAUCAAGAAUCGCUCUUCAACUUGAUGUCGGGGAUCCUAGGGCUUUCCCCUUUCUCUGCUCCAGAAGGUCAACCGCGGCCACCCGAGGCCAGCUACACCAUCCCGGAAGCUCUGCAGAACCAUCUGGACCUCUACUCUACCUGCCAACCGGAACUCAACAUCUCCGUCCAGCCUUCUUUACCCGAGCAAGCCUAUUCUUCGUUCUCCAGUCCGGAGAGCCUCCCGCAGUUCCAAGCUUCUCCGGAAGCUCGUCCUUCUUCCCACUGUCUCUUUCACGAGAAGCUUCUGGAUUCCAAGCAGGACCUUAAGCUGUCCUCCAUCUCCCCUACCGCGGAGAAGUUCAAAUCGUCCUGCUCCCAUUGGGAGCCCCUCAACCAGCCUCAUCAUUAUCUGCCGGCCGAGUGCCCCCCUUCGGAGACCUUCCACCCUGUGGAGGCAAGCCAAACCCUGUUUCCCCACAUGGUCUCCAAGACGGAGAACGCGUUGACGGUCAGCUGCCAGUCAGAACUCAACUCUCUCUCGGAACAUUCCGGCUCUUACGGGCCUCCCUUGGAUUUCGGUUGCAAUGCCGAAGCGUUCCUAAGCCAAGGUCCGCUCCCCACCGACUUCGUAGAUACCAAGGCCCCUAAACUUUCCCCUCCGUUCAGCCAAGAGUUCGAAGCUCCUGUGCCCCACCCAGAAGUCCUCACCUCCUUGGUGAACCCCAACGGUAUCAAGCUGCCUGGCCACCACCCCGCCUCGUCAUCGGCCCCAAUGACAGACUUUCUAGCUCAUCUCCCGAGUUCUUCGGCCAGCAGUUUGGGACUUAACAGGACCCCCGGCAGCCUAGCAGGGCCCAAGAAGAAAACCCGACGUGGGAAAUGUUCUUCGAAAUGUUUUUGUCCCAAACCUCACGAGAAGGCCUUUGCCUGCCCGGUUGAAAACUGUGUCAGGAGCUUUGCCAGAUCGGAUGAACUCAACAGGCACCUGCGCAUUCACACGGGCCACAAGCCCUUCCAGUGUCGGAUCUGCCUGAGGAACUUUAGCCGCAGUGACCACCUGACGACCCACAUCAGGACCCACACGGGGGAAAAGCCCUUCUCCUGCGAUGACUGCGGACGGCGCUUCGCCCGGAGUGACGAAAAGAAAAGGCACAGUAAAGUCCACUUGAAGCAGAAAGCGCGGGCAGAAGAGAAGCUCAAAGGACUUGGGUUUUACACCAUGGGACUUUCCUUCGGGACCCUCUAAACGGCAUGGCCCCUGCCCACCCCGCUCUGGGGAUUGGAGAGGGGGGGGCACGUGCUGCUGCCUGGGGGUGGGAGUGACAAUUCUUUUGAAGCACUUUGCAGGAAUGCUCAGGGCAGAGGAGCCACCUGUCCGCGACGGGCAACAUGGGAAAGGAAAUGAGCAUGGAUGGGCACGAGGAUAAUCCGUCCAGCUGGUUGACUGGCUGUGGGAAGCAGACGAGAGGGCAACUUCCAAGGAAGGAAGGAAGGAAGGAAGGAAGGAAGGAAGGAAGGAAGGAAGGAAGGAAGGCAAGAAGGAAGGAAGGGAAAGAAAAGACUGUUGGGAUUCAGCCACCAUUCAAACUCCAUGUCUAUUCAUCUAUGGUGGGCCUCCAUAGUGAUGUAUGGCCCGUUUUCCAACUGUUACAGCUUUUAAACGUAUUUCAGCACCAUGACCUGUGGACAGCUCCGACUAAAGGCGGACGGACCGAGUUUUCUUUGACAAGAAUCAAAGAAAAAAAAAUGUAAUUUAUUUUUUUGUAUUUAGCUUUAGUUAAAGAGGUGUGUGUGUGUGAGUGUGCGAGUGGUUGUGUGUGUGUGUGUGUGAAUAACUGCCUACGUUUUAUACAGGAUCACCUUGGAAGCGCUCUAAUUUUGAAUCAACUGAAUCUUUCUCUUUCCUAAGCACUUUAAUGAACCUCCUGAGACGGAAGGGCCGUUUUUAAAAAAAAUAAUAAUAAUAAAAAAAAGAAAUGCCAUGAUUACAUUUCCUCAUGUUAAAAGCAGGAUGUGUAAAAACAAAAAAAAAUGGAACAUGUAUAAAAAUAACAACAACAACAACAGCAGCAUGAUUUAUGGCUUCUUGUGAAUGAUCCCAAUUGUUGCUCUGGAGUUUAAAAA